UACAAAUGGCGUCGACCAGUAGUGGGGAGGAAGUCGGUAGUGUCGGACCGGCUGCGCAAGAGCAGCCUGCAAGACGGAUUUUCCAAUAAUGAACAGCCCGUGGUAACUGUCAGUUCGCUCGUGGUGCAUUCGUUGACUCUUGCUGCGCACAGUGUGUCCCGGCGUGUGUUAAAAUGUGCUGUACGAUUAAUUGAAUAUACUCUCCACCGAACGCGGAUUACUCGAAGAACACCGGGAAUCCUGCUGUAAGACAGGUGACGGUUCGAUAAACACGCGAUGGAGAGAAGAAAGUGAUGCCGAAGAUCGAAACGGAAGCUUCCGUCUUUCGAAUAAUUCGUGUUCACCAUCGGAGAUGGAGACUUUCCUCGGGGCACGUAUCAGUAUAGAAGGCGCCUAGGAUAUCAGGAUCGAAAGGGGAACAUCGAGCACCGGGGUCCAAGAUGGGCAAGUGUUGCAGCAAACGGCAAGAGCCGCAACCCCUUGGUUACAAGAAAGCAGACACAGGACUAAGCUCGAAACACAGCAAUGGAGGUUCCUUGGACCGGUACACUGCUGACCCGAAUCAAAGGGGUGUGCAAGCGAGGGCGGAUAUUAUUCGACCGAGGCCAACACCUUGUAAGCUACAGAUUCCGCAUCAACCUCGUAAAACAAGCUCGCCUGUCGUUAAGCCUGCAUCGCAUUCGCAGAGAUCGAACAAGAUCGUGGUAGCUCUGUACAAUUACACCGCCCGGGAGAGUACCGAUGUCAGUUUCGUGAAGGGCGAUCGAAUGGAAGUAUUGGAUGACUCGGAGCCUGAUUGGUGGAAAGUUUUACACUUGACAACUCUGCAAGAAGGUCUUAUACCUUGGAACUUCGUCGCCGUUGAACGUUCGGUGGAGAGCGAAGAUUGGUUCUUCGAGAACGUGUCUCGCAAAGAGGCGGGUAAACUGCUGUUGGUGGACGAGAAUCCACGUGGAACGUUUCUGGUGAGACCCAGCGAGCAUAAUCCCAGGGGAUACAGUUUGUCCGUGAAGGACUGGGAGGAGGGAAGGGGUCAUCACGUAAAACACUAUAAAAUUAAACCGCUCGACAAUGGGGGCUUCUUUAUCGCCACCAACCAGACAUUCCCCACCCUGCCAGCCCUUGUUAUGGCUUAUAGCAAGAACGCGUUGGGUCUCUGUCACGUGUUAUCGAAGCCGUGUCCAAAACCGCAACCGGACAUGUGGGAUCUCGGGCCCGAGUUGCGGGACAAAUGGGAGAUCAACAGGAACGAGAUACAACUGAUACGGAAAUUGGGCCACGGUAAUUUCGGCGAGGUGUAUUACGGCAAAUGGAGGAACAAGAUCGAAGUAGCGGUGAAGACGCUGCGACCCGGGACCAUGUCGACCGAGGCGUUCCUUCAGGAAGCCGCCAUCAUGAAACAGUUCCGACAUAGACACCUAGUCGCGUUGUACGCGAUCUGCUCGAAAGAGGAGCCGAUCUACAUCGUACAGGAGUACAUGUGCAACGGUAGCCUGUUAGACUUCCUGAGAACCGGCGAUGGCAAGUACAUGCAGUUCGAGGACCUCAUCUACAUAGCCGCGCAGGUCGCCUCCGGCAUGGAACACCUCGAGAGCAAACAGCUCAUACACAGAGAUCUCGCGGCGAGGAACGUGCUUAUCGGCGAGAAAAAUAAAGCGAAGAUAUGUGAUUUCGGAUUGGCGAGGGCGAUCGAGAACGACGAGUACUGUCCGAAACAGGGAAGCAGAUUCCCGGUUAGGUGGACGGCGCCGGAGGCCAUUGUCUAUGGGAGAUUCAGCAUCAAGAGCGACGUCUGGUCCUAUGGCAUCUUACUGAUGGAGCUCUUCACUUAUGGCCAAGUUCCUUAUCCUGGUAUGCAGAGUCGCGAAGUAAUCGAGCAGAUAAACAAAGGCUAUCGGAUGCCUAAGCCAUUGAAUCACCCGCUGCCGGACAGCAUUUACCGAUUAAUGUUGCAGUGCUGGGAUGCUAGCCCCGAGAAGCGACCCACGUUCGAGUUCCUUAAUCACUAUUUCGAGUCAUUUAAUGUCACUAGCGAAAUACCGUAUCUCGAACCGCCAACAGACUGAUACACAGCUCACAUGCAGAGUCAGUACCUGGUACCGCACGGUCAUUUUCACCCAGCGCACAUUAACUGUGCCAUGGAAUUUUAUGGUAUUUAUUGCUAGAUCUCUGGCAAACAUCUGAAGAAGCUGUUUACCGUGUUCUCUUCUUUUUGUUUGUUUUUGUUCGUGCAUCGCAGAAUUUCUGCGGGAAGAUUCCAAAAAAGAAUAAAAUAAGAAGGAAACGAGAGAGGAUCGUACAGGAAGGAAGAUAUUUUACAAAGAAACUUUGGUGACGAGAAUUUAUAUAAACGUUACCGGACGUCUCGAAACAAUCGUUAAAUACUGCCAAAAUUGAAGAAGUGUUCUUUUCAUUUCUUUUUCUUGAUCGAACGUCAUCGAGCAAGCAUUUCAAGGACAAUGAUCUUGUGUGCCAUGGAACUUUAUAGAACAAAAAAGAAACGAGUAUUGUUUGUACUUUGAAAAGUAUUUGCAAGACUAAUAAUCUUUGUGACCAAUCGUGAAUAACUGCCGAUUAAAAUAUCAAGUCAAACGUUUACGACUGAAGAUAAAAUGAAAAUAAAAAAUGAAGAGUAUAGAAUAUCUCUGACCGCUAACGUAUCCAGUAUCUAUUAUAGAAUUUAAAAAAUGGGAUCGUUCAUCGUUCGAACUAUUUAAUAGGAAUUUUCAUAAUUUGGAGAGUAUAUUAAAAAUAAUUGACGAAGGUAUCUAAGAAAAAGUGUUUAGAGAAUAGGAACGGAACCAGUUGAGAGCUAAAAAAAAUGUAGAGUUUUAAAUGGUAGACGAUGUAACCAAUUAUAUUAGUCCGUCAAUGUACGAUUACAGUGCAGAAAGGGAAACGAUCGCGCCAUCUGUGUAAUUUGCGCGAUCACUUCUCGUAUUGAUCUCGAAACGAUCGUGACUGAUCUUUCCUAUGAUCCAAAUUGUUUUCUUUUUUACACGGUCCUUGAAAAUCUAGAUGCAUCGUUUCAGCGUCGAAUGAUUUUUAUCAUACAAUACAGUCUCGCUUCUAAAUUCGACGAUUUUCGAAACUUUUCAAUUUAGAAGUUUAUAAAUUUCUAACUUGUUCAAUUUGUACACUUGAAAAUUUUUAAAGACAUGGCGAGACUGCAUUGUAUUAGGACAUCACAUUCUACGAUAAAAUAGAUCUAAACGAGUUUUCGUUUGAUUUCGAACGAUAUGUCGAGUAGGACAAUAUUUUAUACGAGAGAUUAAUACGUUUUUAUACGUAAAAGAAAGAGUACCUUUCAGGUAUAAUUUUGUUCUAUGAACAGUGUAUUUUAAACCUUUCAACAAUCUACAAUCGCCCAAGCACGCGAAUCACCUUUUCAUGACAGGUGCCCGGUCGUAGUAGUAAAAGGGUUUAAAAGCGCACAUUCAUGUUUUUCUAUACACGUCUCGUUAUUUUUUACUGUGAUUGCACUUUGUAAAGAAAACUACCUGUUCGACGCUGCGUCGGUAAUAUAGUUACGUAUUAAGCAAUCUCAUCGUUACGAUAAUCAUUUUUUUAAGUUCACCGAAGUGAAAAUAAAAAAAAAAGCAAGUUACUAGUAACGAAAAAAAAAAUACGUUAUACGAUUGAGAACCGCGACAUUUUCCGAAGUUGCGCGAAUAAGAGAAAAAUGAAGAACUUAGAAAUACUAUUAAAAUUGAGGUAAAGAUUAAGUCAUCGAUGUUGCUCGUACAAAGUGUCUGAGAAAUUGUAAAUUUUCUACUAAACAUACAAAAAUAUAAAACGACAGGUUAGGGUAGAUUCUAGGCGGUAGAACGUGAGGGUAGGUGUGUAAAGCGUCCUCGGAAUGUGAAACACCGAAACGCGAAUCUUUCCUUUUCGUAAACGACAUACAUUGGCGAGCAUGUCGGGCUUCCCUAGGAACAGUUAUGUAGAAGAAAGAGCCUCUUGCUAAUUUUCAAGGUUUUGAGAACUUCAUUGGUUAAUUUAAAAAAUUGAGGAUUUAAGAGUUUAGAAAUUUGAAAGUCGGAUGAGAAGGGGCUCUUGUUUCUAUAAUUAUCCUUGUCCGAAGGAAGCCUCCAUUGCACCCGAGUGUACACAAGAAUAAAACGGGGUUAUGAGGUUUCGAUUCCGAGGAUUUCUCGUUGUCGUCGUCGUGGUCGUCCUCCACGGAACGUAUCGUUAGACGUUAAGUCCCUAGGUGUACACUGAACUAUGUCACGAUAAACACGAUGAGCCAUUAUGACACUUUAGAUAUUAAACGUUUAAGGAAAAGUAACGAGAGAUAGAGAAUAUAAAGAGCGAAAGAGAACGACAGGAUGUAACUACGAAGAAUGAAUGAAACGAGAGAUUUGCGUGCGCGUGCGAAUUGUUACACAACUGUGUCUGUGCGGUAUUAUUUCGUUUUUCUCUUUUUUUUCACGUGCGUCUUGCCGUGACAUUCAAAAACGAGCAAUAAAAUGUCGUGUUCUUCGUAUGACCCGUAACUAGUGAUGGAUACACUUACAAAUUUUGAAUUUUAUUCGAAUCCUAAUGGAAUCUCAUAUAAAAAACUUCUUUCAAAUGCUUUUCAACCUGGUAGUGGUUUGAUGACUUCAAAAAAUUGAGGACGUAUAAAUUUAUAUUUAAUUAGUAAUUAAAAAUAUUUAGGGUUCGAAUAAUAUUCAAGGUAAACUUCGUAUAAUUACGAAGCGGUUCGAACUCAAUAAAAAGGAAAGCGACAUAAGCUCAAUAAUCAUCGUUUUCAGGGAACUACGAUUACGAAACGAACAAUAUAGUGUGAGCAUACGAGAGUGAUUGGAAAAGUUUCGAAAACAUUGGUGUGUAACUCUUUAAAUCAAGUUCGUAUGGUUAUACCUUACUGCUAGCUAACAAUCAUUCCGACAGUCAUCGAUUUUAGUGGAAUAAUUUACGGCUUACGUAUGUCCCGGGACACCGACAUUAUAUUGCCCCUUUAUACAUAUACAUAGUAUACUGAUAAUAUAAUGUUUUCUACUAUAAUUAGCGAAGCAAACACCAUACGUUCGUUGUGUGAGUUGAUUAAUUUAUUAUUAAUAAUAGAACGAUGAUGCGACGAGUGGAAGGAAAGGCAUCAUGUUUACGUAGAGAUUUAGAAGGUAGCUGUAUUACGUCCAAGUAAACUUUUCUAUGAGCGUUUUAUACCGAUCAAAACGACGUUGUUGCGUUUAUUCACGGAGAAUGGUCACUUUUUAAAGGUUUCGCUAGCGAUCAUGUUGUCGCCAUAGUUUCGUAGAAGACACGUAAAAGAUCAUGCAUGAAUUCGAUUUGUCAAAUGUACCAAAUGAAUGGAAACAAUGUACGGUUUGAUUUCUUCAUGUUUGAAUGUCACUGUUCGCAUACAUCAUUUCAUCCGAGAAAGAGGAAAGAGAGUAGUAUAUUUAAAUGUUAAUAUACUGGUAAAGGGCAUCAUGUGGCCUUUCCACUGGACUUAGAGACUGAUAUUGUUUAGACGAACAGAACAGAUUACAUUCGAAUAUAACUGUGUUCGACGAAAUUAAUUAUAUGGGUAUCGAACGAGGUAAGUAAUUGGAACAAUUUCGAUAAAUUUCAAAAAUUAGUGCUUGCAUCCUGCAUCUCUCCCCAAGAAAUUCGAAUUAGCAAUUUUUCACUGUAUUUUUUGUUUUUACAAAAGUACUUAUUUUUUUAAAUUAUUUUGUCACGAAAAUGGUUCCAGUUACGUGCCUUAUUUGAUACGUAACAAAAAUUAGGAAUUUUCUUAUCAAAUUAGAACAAGAUUCGGCAGUUAGUUUGGAACUAAGCAAUUUUAUACGUGGUUCAAUUACAGUAAUCUCGUUAUAUUGCUAUGGAACGGACAAUUCUUGGAAUUGGCAAUAUAUUGAGUUGAUCAAAAGCUUUGUUACGGCGACCUUCGAAUCGUCCUACGAUGGCGGGAAACUUGCUCAGUCGGCAAUAUAGAGCGUGGCAAUACAACGCGUGGAGAGUAUAACGCAUAUAUUCAACGUGUGGAGAAUAAAGACGUAUAGCGAAUUCCAAUGCGUAGAGAAGACGUGUAGAGAAUUCAACGCAUGGUUAUACAACACAUAACGGUAUAACGCGUGUUAUAAGAUGGCGAUAUAAUAGAGCAACGGUCCUUGCCUUGUCCAAUGAUGUGCGUGAAAGUCCGUAUAAAAGUGGUAAUAUAACGAGAGUUUAUUGUAUUAUUCCAGAAAUUCCGAAAAACUUUUUCUACAAAAUAAGAGUAAAAUUUGGCGCAUUUCGCAAUGCGUUCGAAAUCGAAUUCUGGUCGGGAGACGCUGCGUGUUUCGAAUUGAUUAAUCGCGUGUACAAGGUGUUCAUAAGUGUUCCAAUUUUGAAAGAAACUGAUAACGAAUGCAAUAAUACUAUCGUUCGUCGUACGUCCUGUUGUCCAAAGCAAAGCAUUACUUAAUGUGUGCUGGCUGAUUUACCCGACAAUAUAAAGCUAUUGACUUUUUCCGUUAAUAUUUCACGAUCGUGCUAUUUAACAAUUAUAUAGCAGUACGUUAAAAUUAAAUUAAACGUGUGCCGUCAUAGUUAUCGAUCGAAUAGUACUUUGUAACUUGGACUCUAUUUUUACUACUCUUGCCAACCAACUGUUUUUGCAACUUUAAUUGAUUUCAUCAUUCAUGAAGUCGCGUAACACUUUCAGCACGUCUUGCAUUUGUUGUCGUUGAUAUUUUCCAUUUCUCAUAUUUACAAUGUAACACCGCAUUAUAGUACUCGAUGGUCGAUUUUCUAGAAAAUUGAUUUCUCGUGUUUUUAAUACCGCGUCUCUCGGCUUGGACACAAGUUUCGAGUAUGACAUAGACGAUUUGUUUCUGUACGAUUGAUAACGACACAUGUCCAAUUGUAAAAAGAAAACAAAAAGGAAAGCUUCGUUUCUUCAUCUUGAAAUUCGUUUCGUUGUGGCUCCGUUCAAAUAAAAUUUUAAUAAAUCUGUGAUAUAGCGACAGACCUCAUGUUUUGAUACAGAGUUUGAGUAUUGCGCGGGGCUACUACGAAAAAUCAUCGUAUCCAGAAAAAUUUAAGUGCUGAAAAUGAAAUCAGAGUCGUCACGUGAUGCGCACACCAAAUAGAUGGAUAUUUUUUAACGCAUUUAGGCUUUCGUCGAGGUUUUUCACAGUACACCGCGCGUCAACAUGGUUCACUCGUACCUAAAGUUAAACAAAAAGAGACAAAAGAAAUGGAUCAAUAUAUCGUCAUUGUUUACGUACCAAAGCUUAUUAUCAUUAAGUAAUUUAACGGUUACUUUGUAUCAUUGUAUUAAGUAUCAUAAGCCUAUGCAGAUAAAUAUAUUAUGUAUCAUAUUAACAGAACAGUGUCAAACGAUAUUUGCAUGAUUCACUUCACGUAAUGCAUAGUAGAAUUUGGUAAUUUCAAUAACACAACAGUAUAUUAAGUCCAAGAAAUUUAUUCUAGUACCAAUAUUUUCAUCUCGCAAUACAAAAAUUUUAUAAAGAAACGUAUUUCUUUUUCAUUCAAAACUAAACGAUAUCGAAC